ACCUUACUGUCGUAGUGACGUCAAAAACCUCUCCCAAGUGGAUGCUCACAGCCAUCUACGCUAGCCCUCGCCAAACUCAACAACGCAGUUUGUGGCAGGCACUAGUCCGCACUAGUCUUAAUAAUGAGCUCCCUUGGUUACUCUCUGGAGAUUUCAACGCCAUCAAAACCCCUGAGGAGAAGACAGGCAGUCCCUCUGCGACCACCUUUUACAGGUGUAAAAUCUUCAGCGACAGAAUAAAUCAAGCAGAUCUCAUUGACCUGGGUUUCUCGGGACCUCGUUUCACGUGGACAAGAGGAGACAACCCCAAUUCUUACAAAGCGAGCAGAAUUGAUCGUAGCCUCUGCAAUACUCUGUGGAACUCGACCUUUCCUGAUACAACCGUCCAACAUCUUCCUCGGCUCAGCUCAGAUCACCAUCCCAUUCUUACCUCGAUUGGGAGUCAGGGAGUGAAUGUUUCUUUUGAUCGCCCUUUCCGUUUUGAAGCUGCUUGGCUGUCCAAUAAUGAUUUUGAUACGCAGGUUGCUGAUGGCUGGGACCAACAAGCUUCCCUUCCCGUGGCCCUGGAAAAGUUGGCAACUAGUCUUAGCCAAUGGAGCAAAUCAACCUUUGGAAACAUUUUCCACAAGAAGAGGCGUUUGCUUAGUCGAAUCCAAGGAAUCCAAGACAAAGUGGCCAACAAUUUCUCUCGAGGACUCUACAAGCUUCAAACCAAACUCGAGCGGGAGCUUGACCAAGUUCUCGAACAGGAGGAAGUUUAUUGGUUUCAGAGAUCGAGAGAAAAAUGGGUCCAACAGGGGGAGCGGAAUACUGGUUACUUCCACCAGCAAGCAAUAAUUCGCCGUCGCAAAAACAAAAUUGAUAGCCUUAAGGGCCCCAACGGAGAAUGGAUAAGCGAUUACCAGGAGUUGGCGGCAAUGGUUUUUAAUUCUGUUGCUUCUUUGUUUGUGCAGGAUAAUGAUAACUAUAAGGAUUUGAUGCCGAAAAUGGCCUUCCCUCGUAUUAACCAAGAGGAUCUUACUAUCCUCCUGAGACCCUUUAGAGGAGAAGACAUCCAUCGUGCUAUUCACGAAAUGAAGCCUUUCCAAGCCCCUGGCCCUGACGGCUUCCAUGCUGCUUUCUAUCAGAGAGAAUGGCAGGUAGUGGGAAGGUCUUUAAUCAAUAUGGCUAUGGAUGUUUUUAAUGCAGGAGGGCUACCGGCGGACAUCACCAACUCGACAGUUGUACUCAUCCCCAAAGUGGAGCACCCGGAGAUGGCGUCUCAAUUCAGACCGAUCAGUCUGAAUAACGUCUGCCUGAAAGCUAUUACCAAGACGAUUGCAAAUCGGCUGAAGCCUAUCAUGAGAAAAUUGAUAUCCCCCCGGCAGAGCAGCUUCAUACCUGGAAGACAAACCACAGAUAACAUCAUCGUCCUGCAAGAAGUCCUCCACACCCUCAGGAAGAAAAAGGGGAAGAAAGGAGGAGUGGUGAUGAAGAUUGAUCUGGAGAAAGCGUAUGACCGACUUCGUUGGGAGUUCUUGCGAGAUACUCUCAAGAAAAUCGGCCUCCCCAGCUCAUGGAUCAAUUGCAUUAUGUACUGCGUGGAAAACAACAAGAUGCGCAUUCUCUGGAACGGAGAUCUCUCUCCACCCAUCACCCCGUCCAGAGGAGUUCGCCAGGGAGACCCUCUCUCCCCUUAUCUUUUUGUAUUGUGUAUGGAACGUCUAUCUCACAGGAUUGACCAGGCUAUCCAGGACAAGCUUUGGAAACCCCUAAAAUUGUCCAGUGAUGGGCCAGGUCUCUCCCACCUCUUUUUUGCAGAUGAUCUUGUGUUAUUUGCAGAAGCAGGGAGCUCGCAGGUUAGGAUAAUAAAGCAAUGUCUCGACGAAUUCUGCAACAGCUCGGGCCAGAAGGUGAACUUUCACAAAUCAGCAAUGUUCGUCUCUGCAAACAUCUCUAGACGGAGAGCCCGAGCCCUCAGCGCAAGAAUGGAGAUUCCUCUCACAGUAGACCUUGGUAGAUACUUGGGAGUUAUGGCUAUACAUGGCAGAGUGACACGAGGCAGAUACCAGGACCUUAUCCUCAAGAUUCAGAGGAAACUAGCCCCUUGGAAAGCUAAGCAUCUCUCAAUCGCAGCUCGUAUUACCCUUAUCAAAUCAGUGGCAGCCUCGAUUCCUAUUUACCCUAUGCAGGUGGAGUUGCUGCCAAAGACGGUGUGUAAGGCACUCGAUCGAGUCAACCGCGAAUUCCUGUGGGGGGAUUCAGAAGACAAGAGAAGACUUCAUCUAGUAGAAUGGCCACAGCUAACGCAACCGAAAGAAGUGGGAGGUCUGGGGAUCCGUCCGACCAGGGAAGUAAAUCUGGCCAUGCUAGCCAAAUGCGGAUGGCGGCUCUUGACGGAGAAGGAGACCUUGUGGACCCAGCUCAUGCGCUCCAAAUAUGGGAAAGACAGAGCUAACCUCGACCUCUUGAAGCCUAUAAAGGGAAGUUCCUUCACCUGGAACAGCAUCUCCAGAACCGGAGAGUUGCUGAGAAAGGGUUGUGCUUGGAAUAUUCACAAAGGAAACCUUACCCGUUUUUGGUCUGAUGUUUGGAUCUCGCAGGUACCCUUGCAGGAAGUGGCCACCGGACCAAUUCCGGAGGAGGAUAAACAGGCCGCGAUCGUCGAGUUUGUAGAUGAUGAAGGAGCCUGGAUCACAGAGAGGUUCAACACCAUCCUUUCAGCCGACGUGACUGACCGGAUCACUGCCCUGGCGGUCGACCCUCUUGCAAGCGAAGAUGACGUGUUGUUUUGGAGACUGACUUCAGAUGGCCAUUUCUCUACCAAAAGUGCAUUCCAACUCCUGCAACCCGCGACUACCAGUGACCAGACCAAAAUGUGGAAAGCUUUGUGGAAGUUACAGGUGCCAGAAAGGGUGCGAUGCUUUAUGUGGUUGGUGGCACAUAGCAGGAUCAGUUGCAACGAACAGAGGGUCAAGAGACAUCUUUCUCCUUCACCUUUUUGUUACAGGUGCUCUUCACAGGUGGAAACACCGAUUCACAUUCUUCGGGAUUGUCCCCCGGCAGCCUUCCUUUGGACUCGCACAGUCCCAGGUGAACGGCAGCACGAGUUUUUCAGUCUGCAGUUGGAGCCCUGGAUUGCUGCUAAUCUGCUGAUGGAAGAAGAAAAAAUGGUGGAUGAUAUCCCUUGGAACUCCUUUUUCAGCGUAGUUGUUUGGAACUUAUGGAAGAACAGGAACGAAGGGGUCUUUAAAGGGAUUAAUAAGACGCUCUCUCCGCCAUCCUUGACCCAGGCCAUAAAGAUCAAAGCAAGUCUUUGGCAUAAAGCGUGGAUGGCUCCGCAAGAUUCAUUGGGGCGAAGAGUAUCACCAACUCAGCGUGUGACGCAAGAGAUUAGCUGGCAGCCUCCUCCGUUAGGAUGGACUAAGAUUAAUGUGGAUGGUGCGGCCAAUGGAGAUCAGGGGCCGGCAGGAGCGGGCGGCAUCUUGCGGAACACUGAGGGCAGCUGGAUUACAGGCUUUGUCUCAAAGCUGGGCGCUUGCUCAGCAGUUCAAGCAGAACUGUGGGGUAUCUAUCACGGACUUGGGGUGGCUUGGCAAAGUGGUGGCAGAACUAUCAUAGUGGAAUCCGACUCCAAACUGGCCCUCCAGCUUAUUGAGAAGAGGGCGGAUCCUCUACAUCCUCACGCGACCCUCCUUGCAGCGAUAAGACGACGACUUGCUCAAGACUGGGUGGUUAGGUUAGUCCAUACUUAUCGGGAAGGGAAUAGAGUCGCGGACUGGCUCUCGAAGCACAGUCUCGUCUAUCCCUACGGUAUGCAUGAGCUAACCUCACCACCCCAAGGACUUCAACCUCUCAUUGGCGACGAUCGUAGGAGACAAACUUUCACCAGGAAUGUUGUUGUGACUCCUGAAACCCCUUUUUCCUCUUAAUCCUUCCUCUCCCUUCCCUGCUGUUUCUUUUUCUUCGGCUAUUAUUAGCCUCCAAUGUUGCAAAAAAAAAAUCGUCACCUUAAUCUAGGGAGUUAUUAUGAUGUUCAAUCAAUCUUUGGUGAUAUUUUCUUCUGGGACAACAAACACACAUAAAUAAUGGUGAUCAAUCUCAUAAAUAAAUGAAAGACAGACAC